AAAAUCAUUAGAAACGGAAUACAACCCUAAAUUAUUUUUGACUUCGAUAGUUCCGAUAGGAGCCGCGACCAGCAAAUUCAAGUCUUUUUACUCUCUGAUUCCAGAAACACUGACACUUCUUGGCAGAUCUCGAAUCGGUUCGCUGUCACCUUGGGGGAGCUCGAGUUUGCUUCGAUAAUGAAUAUAGGGCUCUGUCGGCUAUAUCGAUCGGUUUUCUGUCUGUAAUUGGUAAUGAUGUCGAGGCCCAUGUUGCUUGUUUUCUUGCUGCUUAUACUUAUAAUCACUUCUCAGUUUGAGUGGAAACAGCAGCUUGUGGCCGAUGUUGAUUCAAAUCCCAGUGUAUCUCAAAAGCAGAACCAGAUUUCGAAAAGAGAAGAAACAGUUAAGGAGAAGAUUAUAUUAGUGCAAGAGAAGAACAUCCGUAGACUCAAUGAGCUUGUAAAGCAUCUCCAGGAACAACUGCAACAGUGUAGAAGCAAUAACCGAACAACUAAUGGUACCGUGACUCCUCUGACCGAGCGCAUUCUUGAGCUUGAACGACAGCAAACUCUUGAGGAUUAGGCUGAGACAACAAGCAUGUCUGAUACGCUCGUCCCUACGUUAAGUUGUAAUUUGUAAAGUUUCUCUUCUUCUUUUUUUUUGGCAAAACUGUUUGUCUAUUCGUUUGAAAGAAAAAGGCUGUAAUAGAUUUGCUUCCUCAUCGGAACAACGAUAGCGAUAUCAUUUAAAUGUGAGUCCCACGUUAUUCAAAUGUAAACUGAAAGGAGCGGUAUCUCCUUCUAAUCCAUGUUUGAUAAGGCAACAUAAUAUAGAACGACCAUUUGGGUCGAACAUUCGGAAUUAAA